AAACCUGGCUUUAUUCACAACUCUGAGCUCCAGCGAGCCCAGCAGACUUAGAGAGAGCUGUCAUCGUGUGGACUUGGUCUCUAGCGGGUUUUACUACAGAGUUUGGAAUUAUUUUUCACAAAUAUUUGUAUUUUUCUGAGAUAUCUCGAGGGUGUUUUUCCAAGCAGAACGGGUGUUGAUUUACUCGGAGUGUCUGGUAGGUUUGUUAGUAAUGCUCCUCAGGUAACGUCAGAGUGUAAGUCUUGCGAGCGUCUUCACACGGUCACACAGCGACUGGACAGUUGCUGUAAACUGAGGAAACACGGCUUUAACUCACAGGUGACUGCGGCUCUAAGCUGUCAGAGGACAUGGACUCCACAAAGGCUGCAGGUGGAGUAAUAGCUUACAUUAGCUCCUCGAGCUCGGCCUACAGUCCCGACUCCGAGUCGUGCCACAGCGACUCCUCCAACAGCAGCUAUCAGUCCUGCUCUCCGCCCCACGCGGGGCAGGGCCCCCAGGGCGAGGCUCUCGCUGGGACCCCUCAGUCCCGUGGAGGGAAGGCACGAUCGCCCUCCACCACCAGAAGUGGCAUUACAAAGAUUAACGGGCUGGUGCUGCUAUGUAAAGUGUGUGGAGAUGUGGCGUCAGGAUUUCACUACGGUGUUCACGCCUGUGAGGGAUGUAAGGGUUUCUUCAGGAGGAGCAUUCAGCAGAACAUUCAGUAUAAGAAGUGCCUUAAGAACGAAAGCUGUCCCAUCAUGCGCAUCAACAGGAACCGAUGCCAGCAGUGCCGCUUUAAGAAGUGUCUGCUCGUGGGCAUGUCCAGAGACGCUGUGCGUUUCGGCCGGAUUCCCAAACGAGAGAAGCAGCGCAUGCUGCUCGAGAUGCAGAACGCCAUGAACAACAUGAUGAACAACAGCCACGGCAACCAGUCGCUGAGCGACCAGACGUCAGCCACCGAUGCAGCUUCAGAGCACAGCGGCUCAGGCCCUUCCUCCCGCUCCCCCUCCACCUCCCCCAGGAGCAACCGAUCCGAAUCCAGCCCUGACCCCGAGCUGCUGAGCGCCAUGGAUACAAGCCAGAGCUCAGUCUCUUCCAGUGCCACUGACAGCGGGGAGGAGGAGGUCAUCGGCACAGUGACUAGAGCGCACCAGGAGACCUUCAUGUACAAUCAGGAGCAGGCCAGUGUGCCUUCAGAGGGCCCCAACAACUACAGCCAUUGCUCAGAGAAGACUCAGGAGGUCUGGAACCAGCAGAACAAUGCCUCCUCAGAGAGCCAACAGAAGCCUUCAUCAGCCAGUGCUCCACGGGGGCCUGAAGACUCAGGCUGUCCUUUCAGACUGCCCAACAGCAGCUCCGCUGGACCGUCUCUGCAGAACCUCUCUCUGCGAGCUCAUAAUGUCAAUGAGACCCAAGUCAAUGGCAGCUGUAGUGUCCCAACAUUUGCAAGGGUUAACAGGAUGCACCUGGUUUGCCCCAUGAACACAUCGCCCUAUGUGGAUCCUCAGAAGUCGGGUCACAGUAUUUGGGAGGAGUUCUCCAUGAGCUUCACCCCAGCCGUCAGAGAGGUAAUGGAAUUUGCAAAGCGCAUCCCAGGAUUCAAAGACCUGUCCCAACAUGACCAGGUCAGCCUGCUGAAGGCCGGCACCUUUGAGGUGCUGGUGGUGCGCUUUACAUCCCUGUUCAAUGUGAAGGAGUGCACAGUUACAUUCCUGAGCGGCCGGAAGUACAGCGUGGAGGCGCUGCGCUCGAUGGGUGCUGGAGAUCUCCUCAACUCAAUGUUUGACUUCACCGAGAAGCUGCAAGCUCUGAACCUCAGCGAGGAGGAGAUGAGCCUCUUCACAGCCGUAGUGCUGGUGUCUGCAGACCGCUCCGGUCUCGAGAACGUCAACUCGGUCGAGGCCCUUCAGGAAACUCUGAUUCGAGCUCUGCGCAGCUUGAUCACCAAGAACCACCCCAACGAGAUCGCCAUCUUCACUAAACUGCUCCUCAAACUGCCGGACCUGCGCUCACUCAACAACAUGCACUCUGAGCAGCUCUUGGCCUUCAAGGUCCACCCCUGAGCACCCAUCAACCCUCAUAACUGUGGACCCCCCCCUCACCCCCAUCCACCUCCAGAGCCUCCAGGCCCACUUAUCCAAUGGGCAUCUUGUUCUUACUCAGUGCCCCUUUCCCUUCUCUCAAUCACAUUCAAAGGACUGCUGGUUAAACAUGGAGGUGGGGGGGUGGGGGGGUUUAUUCUUUAUUCAUCGUCGUACUGUAAAAGGCCUCUGCUCGAGCUAACGCACACGACUCUCUGACACAAACUGGAGGGGUUUCGUUGUAGAUUCUUACGAGAGUUUGUACGAUUACGGGGUUUGUGUGUGUGCGCAGAGGCACCUUGAAUAAGUUUCUAGAUUUAUAAAUCUGCCUGUGCAAUAAGUGACACGUUCACUGUUUUUGGAUUGUUCCUUGUUGGUCACUUAAUACUUCCAGAAAAAAGGAAGUAAGGUAUUGUGUGGCUGUAUAGGAAUGCUGUGUUUAAUGUAGGGAUCAUUAUGAAGGGAUAUUCCCACAUGUAAACUUAAAACAAAGGAGAAACGAAGUACACAGCACAGUUUGGCUUCCUUUCUAAGAAAAAACAAAACAAAAAGCACCAACUAAGAAAUGGGAGAAUGUGGAACAAGCUGCUUUCUGGCAGAAAGACACAGGAAUGUUUAAUGACUUGAUAUAUUUUUGAAGUUAGUUUUCGGUCUUCAAAUCUGUAGUUAAGUGCAGAGGAAGCCACUCUUAAGGCCUCAAACAUUAUGUAAGUAUGUGAACACAAAAGCCUCUUGCUACACAAG